AUGGAGCUACUGUUUAUACAUCAGGGUUCCUCCAUGGUCCCAGUGGUGACUCCCGGUGGGACUCUCCAGGUCCUCAUGGACUUGUGGCUGCUGCUGGAUCAGCAGGUUCUCUCUGAAAAGACUGAAAGAGAGCAUCCUGAGACUUUGGAUCUCCAGCAUAAAUUUCAGAGUAUCCCAGAAUUUGAAUGGGAAGAUAUACUUGAGAAGACAAAGAAAGCCAGUUCUUUGGAUCUGCGAUCUCUUGCACCUUCAACAGCCACGCGGCAUCCCUUAGAAGUUGUUUACUCUAAAGAUUAUAAUUUCCUUCUCAAUGAGCCACAUAAAUGUCAGGAAGGAAACCCUUUUUUGGUCUUGCUGGUGAUAACUAAGCCUGAAGAUUUUGUUGAAAGACAAGCCAUCAGGCGUACGUGGGGCAAUGAGAGCUCAGUGGCUGGUGUUUCCAUUGUCCGCCUUUUCCUUACUGGUGUCCACCCAGUCUUUGGAUCCCGGCUCCAAAAUCUUUUGGAAGAGGAAAGUUCCAUCCACAGAGAUAUUAUCCAACAAAACUUCCUGGACACUUACAACAAUCUUACCCUGAAAACUCUAAUGGGCAUGGAGUGGAUAAGCAAGUUCUGUCCCAAUACCACCUAUGUGAUGAAGGCAGACGCUGACAUCUUUCUUAACGUGAACUAUAUGGUGUCACAGCUACUACAGCCCCACCUUUCCCCAAAGAAAGAUUAUAUUACAGGGUACAUCUAUCGGAACACAAAGCCAUUGCGCAAUAAAGCAUAUAAAUGGUAUGUACCCUGGGAGGUAUAUCCCAAUGACACUUACCCACCCUACCCUGGGGGCCCUGGGUAUGUAUUUUCUGGAGAUCUGGCCCAGAAGAUCUACCAGGUUGCUCAUACCAUUAAGGUAAUUAACAUGGAAGAUUCCUUCAUGGGGAUCUGUUUGCAUGAACUUAGCAUCAGUGUGACAGAUAGUCCCUGGGGCCUCUUCAACAUGUAUAAAAUCAGCUAUGAGAAGUGCAAGUUCUCCAAGUUAGUGGUAGUGCAUCACUUUGGGCCAGAGGAAUUGCUACAGAUUUGGCCUGAUUUCCAGGAUCAAAAGAAAAAUUGCAAGGAUUAA